ACAAAAAAUAACUUUAAAAAAAAUUAACUGUCUUUUGUUUUCGAACGAGGAAAAAACCCUAACGUGGCAAAAUUAAAAAUGUAAUUUGUGGGAAAUAAUUACAUUUAUUUAAACCUAACGAUAAAAAUAAACAUAAAUAUAAGGUUUUAAAAUAUAAAUUGUUGAGUGUGUAUUUAUAAUGCGUAAAAAUAAUUUUUGAUUGUGUAAAUAUAAAUGGAUGGAAUCAAAUAAUUUUGAGCUGGUUCGACGAAGUUUUUCAAGACAUGCAAGACCUUGGAAAGCCCGACUGGCGCGACGCUGCCAAAGCAGAAAAAUGCUCUAGUCUCAAACCUUCUGAACGUGUUCAGGUUUAGAAGCUAAGAUCUUCUUUGCUCACUGCGUGAGGGAGCUUUUUACAUGCGGUGCGGUCAUUUUAAACUUUUUUACGUAUGGCAUGUUCAUGGGUGCACCAACAGUAUUAAUACCUCAAUUAAGAAAAGAAGCUAAUUCGACAGAUGUUGUAACACCAGAAAUGGCAUCUUGGUUAUCUUCUAUGUCGGCCUACAGUGGUAUACCAUGGGGACUCAUUUUGCCACUAUUGGCAUAUCGCUUUGGAAGAAAACAUAUUUUAGUUUUGAUUAGCGUUAGCGUAUUAAUAGGAAAUAUCAUUUUUUACUGUAGUACAAGUAUGACAGAACUAAUUGUCAGCCAAGCCUUACAAGGCAUCCUGGCCGCCUCAAUAACUACAAUCACCAUAAUGGUUAUGUCCGAAUACACAUCGCCUAAGUACAGAGGUGUGUUAUUAGCCGUGAAGUCUGCAACAUUCUAUUGGGGAGUUUGGAUCUCAAAUGCUAUCGGAACGUUCUACCACUGGAGAAAUAUUGGCAUCGUUAUUUUUGUUUGUAGUAUUUACAACUUAUCGUCCAUAUUCUACAAGGAAUCACCUUAUUGGCUGGCGACAAAGGGGCGUUUUGAAGAAUGCGCCAAUAUUCACCGAUGGCUUAAAGGCACAGGGGAAGAUUCAGAGGAAGAGCUCAGGAAGCUUAUAUCAUCACAACAAGAGCACUUAAGUAUGAAAGCAGAAAUUGAAGGGCGUGCAAAUUAUAGAAAAUAUAUUAAAUUCUUGAAUGUAUUGCGAUGUGAAAGUUUUUAUAAACCUUUUGCAUAUGCAAUCUUCCCAACAUGCCUGUACCAUUUUUCGGGCAAGAUGGCGUACACCGUAUACGCUAUAGACAUCAUUAAAAAAUUGACAUCAAGCGAAACAAUGGCCUAUGGAGGCAUGCUUGUGUUGGAUGCGGUUACUGUACUAGGCAUGUAUCUAGGCUGUGGGUUAGCUAAAAUUGCAAGACGUCGAACACAAUUACUUGUAUUUUCAUCUAUGGGAAUUAGUUUUUUAUUUGUUUUGUCAAUUUAUUUGUACAUGGUCAAUUUAAAUAUCCUAUCAGAGAACAAGUUUAUCUCUUUGUUCUUAUUAACGGCGUUUUCAUUGAGCAUUGGCAGUGGACCAAUAAUAAUCUCAGCCUGCUGUGCAGCAGAGUUGUGUCCAUUGAGGUACAGGAGCUAUUUUUUGUGUUGUCUUUCACUUUUCAAUAGCACAUUAAUGGCGACCGUUGUUAAAUUUUCUCCGAUACUUUUCAAAUAUUCUGGUGCGCAUGGUGCGUUUUUAUUUUACGCUAUAUCAUCGUCCAUUUUUUUAUUUCUUAUAUACAAAUACAUGCCUGAAACAAAAGAUCAGACUAUUCAAGAAAUACAGGACCGCAUGACACGUCGCGAUGGCAGAGGACAAACUAAUAGAGAAACCCUUCUACUGAAAGAAACAGAUUUUACACAAUAAUGAAAGCAUAGGUAAUAGAUACAAAUAAUAAUGUUAAGUUGAAACUAAGUUUCUAGAUCUUACUGUUUAAGCUGAACGUUACCGAUAAUAAUAUGUCAGGCAGACUGUUUUAUUCUUUUAUGUAUAAAAAAGAGUACCUAUUGUUUAUAUCACGAGAUUUAAUGG